AUGGCACCCAAGAUUCUUGCCAACCUUGCCCGAAAGGACCUGUUCCGGACCCAGGGUUACAUCGAUGGUUCUUGGGUCAAUGCAGCUUCAGGCAGGACCUUUGACGUCCUUGAUCCUGCUACCCUUGACAAGAUCGCAUCCGUCCCAGAGAUGGGAUUAGAGGAUACCCUCAAGGCCAUCCAAUCAGCACAGACGGCCUUUCAGUCAUAUAAACAGACGACGGCAAGACAACGUGCGCGAUGGUUGCGCAGGUGGAGCGACCUCUGUCUGGAAAAUGCCAACGACCUUGCCCUGAUUCUCUGUCUUGAGAACGGAAAGACCCUGGCCGAAGCCAAAGGAGAAGUCACCUACGCAGCCUCUUUUCUGGAAUGGUUCGCCGGUGAGGCUGAACGCACCUAUGGCGAGGUUGUCCCGUCAUCCAACCCAAAGCAGAGGAUCCUAACCUUCAAGCAACCUCUUGGUGUUGCCGCGUGUAUGGCUCCUUGGAACUUUCCCAUCGCCAUGAUUACUCGGAAAUGCGGUGCGGCUUUAGCUGCGGGUUGUACGACGGUGUGGAAACCAGCGGGAGAGACACCUCUGAGUUGCCUGGCGCAGGCUGUGCUCGCUCAAGAGGCAGGUUUCCCCAGGGGGUGCAUAAACGUCAUCACCACUCUCGACUUGGUGGCCGAAGUCGGCAAGACUCUUUGUACCAGCAAGACCGUGCGCAAACUGAGCUUCACGGGUAGCACGCGAGUUGGAAAGCUCCUCGCGAGCCAGUGCAGCGGCAAUCUGACCAAGCUGUCCCUAGAGCUCGGCGGAAAUAGCCCCUUUAUCGUUUUUGACGAUGCCAACCUGGAGACAGCCAUCGAGGCUUUUACCAUGGCCAAGUUCAGAAACUCUGGCCAGACAUGCGUAACUGCCAACCGUGUCUUUGUGCAGAGCCGCAUUUAUGAUGCAUUCGCCGAAGCUCUUGUCGCCAAGGUCAAGACGCUCAAGGUCGGCCCCGGUACCGAGCCAGACGUCUUCAUAGGGCCACUCACACAUGAGCGCGCGGUUGAUAAGGCCAUGAAUGCAAAGACGCGUGGCGCCCAGGUGGUGUUAGGAGGAGCACCUCUAACCCACUACAAGGGAUACUUUAUCCAGCCGACUAUCAUCAAAGGCAUGAACCAUGACAUGCUCAUGACCCAAGAAGAGACCUUUGCGCCGGUAGUUGGGUUGUAUAGGUUCGAAACAACUAACGAGGUUAUCGCACUGGCCAAUGACUGCAACGUGGGACUCGGCAGUUUUAUCUGUACCGAGAGCACCCCUCGAAUGUGGCAAGUGGCAGAGGCGCUCGAGGUUGGAAUGGUGGGCGUCAACCUCGGAGUUCUUAGUGCGUGUGAGAGCCCAUUCGGUGGGGUCAAGGAAAGUGGCUAUGGUAGAGAAGGCGGCCGACAUGGCAUAGAUGAGUAUCUGACAGUCAAGUCGAUGCUCAUCAAUGUGUCAACCAAGGAGUCAAUGGGUUAA